AGGGAGCGUGCUUAAGUCGAUAGAUGGCUUUCUUCAGUUUGCAAACAUGAUGAGGAAGAGUUUGAUCAAUGAAACCUGCCAGUUAAGCCAUGUAUAAAUCUUCCUCAACAGAGCCAUGAAGAAAAGCAUUAUUCACAUCAAGCUGCCGAAUUGGCCAAGCUUGACUUACAGCAAUAGUAAACACAAUGCGAAUGGUGGUGGGUUUGAUAACAGGACUGAAGAUGUUGGAAUAGUCGUGACCAGGCCACUGGGAGCGAGUGACCAUGGGGCAAGUUUAGUGGGUAAUGGACGGUACUGGGUGGGGGGGAUUGGGACCGGACUAGGUGAGGGAGAGUCGGGGACUGGGGAAGGUGAGACAGAGGCCGGUGACGAGAAGGAGACAGGGGAUAGGGUCGAGGAAGAGGGAGAGGGAGGGGAGUCGACGGUAACGGAAGAAGUAGUGAGAGAGUGGGAAAUACCUGAGCAUGAGGGAGAGCGGACUAGAUCUGAACCGCAAGCAAUGGGAGGUGAUGCAUCUUGCGAGAUAGGGAUGACGAAGUCCUGCGGAGUUGGGGUGGCAGUGGAGGGGGGCACUGGUGAUGGCAAGGCUGGGAGAGGAGCAGAGGAUGGAGCUGAGUUUGGUGCCAGAGACGGAGAAGGAGAAGGAGAAGCCGAGUUGAUGGAGGGCUGAGGCGGAAUUGAAGGAGAAAAAAUUAGAGAUUUGAACACUGGUGAGAUUAGGGAAAUUUUGAUUUUGAGAAACUGAUUGACCUGUAGAAGCCUGAAAAGGAAAGUGAUUUUCAUGAAAAGUAACAUGUCUAGAAAUAAAUAUUUUAUUAGUUU